GAACUUGCAAGUGCUGCAGAACGGACUCCCUGUAGCAGGACGGUGCUGACAGGGGGCCUGGAGGGGUAGGCAAGUGAUUAAAUCGGAAAGGGCAGAGAGAGGGGGGAGAGAGAGAGAGAGGAGGGCUGGUCCUGAAACUAGAACUCCCCCUCUGCAAUGUGGCUCCUUCCUCAGCUUUAGGAAGCGGAUCCCUGCGGGGAUUUCCUUUCCAAGGUGACUCGUAACCUAUUCAUUAGGGUGGAUUUUGGCAGGGCACUACUAGUGCACUUGAGCAGGGUCGGGCACACGUUCGGUGUGUGUGCAGAGUUCAUUUUGGGUGAGGGGGAGCCUUUGCCUUUCCAAGAGUGGAAAAUAAACAGUGCCAGCUCUGCAGCCGCAGCCGCAGCAGCUCGGGGUGAGGAAGGGAGCGGUGGCAGUGCUCCGAUGGGUACCCGGGCGUUUAAAAAAGACGCCAAUGCAGUGGCAAUUGAGAUGCUGCUCAUAGUUCGCCCUCAGAAGAGGAAGACAGUGCAAAGGGUGCAGACAGACAGACAGACGGAACUCAGUGCCUCGCGCCAAAGCCCAGGUUUUCCAAGCGAUGGAAAUGGGAACGACAGGUCGCAGCAGCCCAGAGGGAAAGGCCUUCCUGGCCAGCCAGUUCAGAUGCAGCCUUGCGAGCCGGUCCCAGUCAUUACUUCCUACACUAACGAAGGAACUCAUGUGACUGUCGAGGUACAUCCUAGAAAUACCACCCCACAGCUGUUCAAGAAAUUCUCCCUUGGAAAAGGAGUCUGCAAGCUGCCCAAUCUGACAGGCCAGGAUAACAGAGGUUUUCAAGAGAACAGGAAGAGCAGAGCGCCCCUGCCCAGGGAAAAAGACCUGCACGCGUACCCAUGGGACAACUCCAACCUGAAAUCCAUUCCUUUAGACCUAAAGCAAUUUGAGAAAUUGGAUGCCUACGCAUCAAAGCUGAGCAACAAGAACAGCCCAGAGGAACUGGUGGAAGCCCUGCUCCGAGAAGCGCGGACUGAUCUGGAGAAGGUCAGAGCCAUCUGGAUGUGGAUAUGCCAUCACAUAGAAUACGACGUUGUGGCCUUCCAUAACAAAGCCCAGCGGCUGUGUGAGCCACAGGAGGCUUUCAGAGGCUACGCUGCGCUCUUCCAUCAAAUGUGCAGCAUUGCAGGUGUGCAGAGCAUGAAGUUGUCAGGAUUCUCAAAGGGGUACAGUUACAGACCCGGACAGUCCUUAACGGAGAACAAUGACCACGCCUGGAAUGCAGUUUACCUUGAUGGAAGCUGGCAUCUGCUGGACAGCACCUGGGGAAGUGGCUCAGUUGACGAUUCAUGCAGAAGCUUCACCUUUCAAUACAAUGAGUUUUAUUUUCUUACGCACCCGGCCCUAUUUAUUAACAACCAUUUCCCAGACAACAGUAACUGGCAGCUCCUGAAACCGGCUCUGACACUGAAAGAGUUUGAGAGGAACAUGCAAUACGGGAGUCACUUUUACCAGCUGGGCAUGGUGGCUGCCCACCCAGACUCACACACCAUCCCAACAGUAAACGGAAAAGCAACUAUUUCUAUUGAGAGCCGUGCUCUGCUACUGUUUAUGUUUGACUUGAAUGGAGCUGAAGAACAUGGUUUGAUGACGCUCAAAAAGAAUGGGAUGAAGCUGGAGCUCUACCCCCAGAAGACUGGGAAGCACAACGUACGGAUCUUUGCCAAGCCCGCCAAAGGCUCGGAGACGCUCUACAACGGCGUGUUAGAAUACACCCUGGAGUGCAGCUCUGUGGACAAGAACACACGUUUCCCAAAAGACCUGCAUCAGCCUGUUGGACCCAGCUGGUUCACGGAGCGUCAAGGGUUCCUGAGGCCAUCACACCCUGACCCCAUCAUUCACACCAACGACGGGUGGUGUUCCAUCACUUUCACCCUGGGCAAAGAGAUAAGUGUCCUCGCCACGUUGCAUUCAGACAACACUAGCUUGACUGAGGAUAUGAGAAGACGGCACAUCAUGCAAAUCCAUCGAGGAAACCAAAUAGAGUUUAAGAUCCAUCUCCCCCAUGCGGGAAAGUUUGUUCUUAAAAUCUUUGCCAAGAAGAAGUCCGAGCCAGGCAGUUACAAUUAUAUCUUCAACUACCUCAUCUCCUGCCCCAACACCCAAGUCAAGUGGCCGUUUUUCCCACAGCAUUACAGCAACUGGGCAGAAGAUUAUGAACUGCUGGAGCCACUUGCUGGGCUGCUGCCAGCCAAUCGCAACGUUCCAUUUAAGCUCAAGAUGCACAGUAUAGCAAAGGCCUUUGUUCAGGAUGAAAACACCUCUCCUCUGAGCUUGAGUAAAGAUGGCUACUGGGAGGGAAGCUGCAACACUUCUGGCUGCACAGAGGUUUUCGUCAUGGUGCAAGAGAAUGCCAAUCAAAAGUUCUACUCACAAAUCCUGAAAUACACAGUGGAGACCCAGUAAACCCCCUCCCGUUCUUUCCAUCGUCGCACACAAUCCAACAUUUCACCACGUCCCAAGCCCGCAUCAUUUUACGGUGCCCAGUAGCUCUCUUCCCCCAAAUCUAUUAAUCCAACAAAUACGCAACAACAUUCGGGCAUCUCUGGAAGAGCCGACGCAAUACGAGAUCAAAACCAGGAACAAUCAGUAACUGUCACAAAGGGAGCUGCUGCGUAGGGAAUUCAAAUUCAUCACAGACACUGCUAGGUGACCUCUUCCAGAGAAAUGGUUUGAGGGAAAUGACUGACUUAUGUCCACAGUUCAUUAACAUUUCGGCAAUAAUUGUUGGUUUCUGAAUUACUGGGCAUCAUCAUGAAGGUUUAUCGGGGUUACACUGAGAAGACUCUGAACAUUCAGGGGUAGGAAAAAGAAAGCACAUUAUCCUUUUGCAAUAGGACUCUGCAGUAGUUUAAGAAUCUUUAAACAAGGGUUUCUGUGUGUGUCUAGCAUAGUAGCAAAAUCCAUCCCAGGGAAGAGAAGUGCUACUGAAAGAAGAUAUAGUAGGUGAAGGCUUUCUUGCGCACUUCAUUGUCUUACAAAAUUAAGCGAUAUUGCGAAAUGACUGUUUUUACACUUCAUCUUCAAUGCAAUAAAAUAUUAAUUUUUAUCUUAUUACUGGGAUGUUUGAGCUGUAAACACUUUUGCUACAAAGGCGGUAACUCGACUAUCACGCUACAAUUAUUUUCUCUCAAAACACAAAAGGAGGUUUCUGCCACUGACAAAAUCAGAGUUAAACUGGGACUAAUGUUAGUUCUCAAAGUCAACAUUCAGAAAGCACCUAUUUGUCCAAGACAGAGCUGCUGAAUGUGAUGGGCUGUCCAGGUACUGCCCUGACAAGGGAAAUCAGUGGAACUUUGGGUCUGCACAGAAACCCCCAUUCUCUCUACUGUCCUGUAAGCAAUCAUACCUUUGAUAGAUGCUUUAUUCAAAGAGAUCUUCCAUUGCAGAAGUCAAGAGGAGUAGUCUGGCUGGUUUCAUGUUCAAUAGUCAAUGAAAAAAAAGCGGCUGCCCAAUACACUUCAUUCCAUGACCAUGUCAGCGUGCAUCUCUUGCCGUAUGUUCCAAGAGGUGGCGAGUUUUGUUUUAACUUGAUUUCCCCCCCAAACCAACAGUUGUAAUUUCCCAUGCAAUGUAUUUAUUGCACUCAUGCAACAGCCUGAGCGCCUCCCGUUGGCAAAAACACUGCCUGGCAGUCCCUUUGCCAGACCGCCAGGGAAAGCAACGCUUGGGGGCCUGCGUGCACUGCUCUGGGGGCUCCAGAGUAGAGCCCCUCCUGCAGCUUGCUGCCCCUGGCCGAUGACAGGGCUGGGUGGAUUGGCAACUGCUCCCACAAAGUGCUAAUGGUGCUAAUCCCAGACAGCAGGUAGCCCACUCUCUGGAGAGCAGAGAUGCAGACAGAAGACAGGGGAGCCCAGGGGUGCUUGGUUAGCUCUGAGGAUCCUUGCAGAUGUUUCAGCUCCACCCAGGUGCAUGCAGCCCAGCUGGCACCUUCACUUACUCCUGCUCCAUCCUGUCAUCAUGGCAUCAGCAUCCAAUGCGGUGACAGCUGGGGCUGCCAGCGGGAGGGAGACGGGAGCCCGGAAGCCUAUGGUGAGUGCGCCAUUCCAGGGCAGGCCCACAGCUCCCCUCAUUCCUUGCUCAGGGUCUAGCAGCCAGCCUCGUGCCUCUACAGACCAUGCCAACACAGGCUGCUCUCAGACGCCUGUCAUGGGCCCCACGGCCUGACUGUAGCAUAACCCCUACAAAGGAGGGAGACCAGGCUCCGGCUCCUCUUCCCCGAAGUCUGCUUGGCACAAGUCGGUCCCCAGACCUUCAGCCAGCCGGUAAGGUGGCAGGAGAAACCCAGCAGAUUCAUGUGGUGGGUCCACGGAGAGCAAUGUCAGUAAGAG